AUGCAGGUUAUUAACUUGUGUGUGUGGAUUUUUUUUACUUGCUAUAUUUCUCCAUUGAUUUUGGGAAGGAUUGCAGUUGGUGUCACUGUCAACAGUGGAUAUAAUAUUCCAUGUGAUUGGCAAUACGAGCUUCCCUUGGAUGUGAGCAUGAUGGAUGCAACGCCGUUGAUAGAAUGCUUUCCAAAUGAUCCUACUUAUCCUUUCUUUACAUCCCUUGAUAUUGUGUCAAACUUCACUAUUCCACAUGUUAUUGAAGACAACAGCACCAUGUACAAUGACUGUGGACAUGGCUUUGAGGGGUUGCAAGACUUGGAGUUGGAGAGCGUGCCGCCGCCAUUGGCGUUGUGCAAUGAUGAAUCUGAUUAUAGAAAGGAUAAUCUCCAUGAAAACAAGAUUAAUAACGAGUUAAGAUCAUCUGAAGAACAAGAAAAUUAUAACAAUAAUAAUAAUAAUAAUUGUUCGUCUAAGGCACUUUCAAAGGAGAUAAUUAGCCAGUAUUUUUACAUGCCAAUAACUAGGGCAGCUAAAGAACUUAAUGUUGGCUUAACUUUGCUCAAGAAAAGAUGCAGAGAGUUGGGCAUUCAAAGAUGGCCUCAUAGGAAGCUCAUGAGCCUCCAAACUUUAAUCAGGAAUGUUCAGGAGAUGGGAAAGGAGGGAGGAGAUAAAAAUGAAGCAAAGCUAAGAGAAGCCAUCCAAAUUCUAGAGCAAGAAAAGAAAUUGAUGGAAAAAAUGCCUGACCUACAACUUGAAACUAGAACAAAGAGACUUAGGCAAGCUUGCUUUAAGGCAAAUUACAAGAAAAGAAAGAUGAUCAACAACUUGAAUUACGAUGUAAGCUCCCAAUCUUGUUCUUCUUGUGCUAGCAACUCAACCGAUUACGCGAAUUUUGGGACUAGCAAGGGUGAUGAUCAAUAUGGAGAUGAUGUUGUGGAUGCUAUGGAUGACGUGAACUUUUCUUACUUUUGCUCAUGA